AAGAAACCCACGUUCCCAUUUAUAACAGCUUAACUGUCCCUCCUCCCUCUCUAACUGAACUCCAUUACCAUCCAUUUUCACUUCUUGUGGGAAUCUCCAAAAACCUUAACAAAAUCAAAGAAUUCUCUUCCAAACACAAAGAAAUAAUUUUUUUUUUUUUUUAAGGAAACCAUGAAGUGGGGAAGAAAGAAACUUCCUUCUUCACCUUCCUCCUUGUCUCAGCCUUCUUUCUUGUCUAAUGUCUUUCCCAUUUCAUGGCUUUCCAAGUUCAAACACAUGGGCAUCAACUCUAAACCGAAACCCGGAAAGGUAAGGCAAAAAGGUAAGCUGAAUACUGCUUCCAUGAGUUCAUCACAGUGUGGUGGUGGUGGUGAGAAUGGUGGUCGGUUUUAUGGUGGGAAUGAUGAUGAUGAUGCUUUUUGGAGACUGUCAUUUAGAGAAGAGGCUGUUAAUGGGAAUCAGAACAGAGGGGUCUUGAAAUCAGUUUGGUAUGAAUCUGAUGAUGAGGUUCAUGUCCCAUCUUCCAGGUGCAGGGGCUCUAGAUCGAAUUGUGGUGAAGUGAGGGAAAGAGAAGAGGCUAAGAAGCUCAAUGAGAUGCUUUCGGGUUUGAGGGAAGUGAGAGGAUUGCACAAGGAUGCGGAGAUUUCACCGGAAUUGGAUGCUCAUUAUGGAGACGGAUCACCAUGGAAAAGGAUUGAGAAAGAAUGGAAAUUAAGUCAAAUGAAUCCGCAAGUUUUGGAAGAGAAGGUGUUGGAAUUGGAAAGAGAAUGGAAGUCUGCGAAAUCUGUGGACAAAGAAUCAUUGGAAUGGGAAUCUCCAAGGACAAUUUGGACGCCUAAGAGGGAUAAGCACAAACUGAUAGCUUCUGGCUCAAAGAAACAUUGUUCUGCCUCUUCCUUGAAUUCUAAGAAUUCUAGCCUAAGAGAUACUGCAGAUGAUGGUGUUUUUGCUACUAAGAACUUGGAGGAAACUGCAGGACUCUCGGCAGAACAGUUUUGUUCAGAGUGGCAGAAGUUGAAAGGAACGAAAAUUGAAGAGCUGAAGUCAGAGAGUGAGAAAGAGAGGAAAUCUCUUCAUGUAAGCAAGGACCCACAGAGGAGAAGAACGAAGAAGAAUUCCAAAGUUAGAGUUAAUUCUCCCAGAACGGCUUCCAAGGUUGAAAUCUGCAGAAUAAAAGCGCUGGAAGACAUGAGGAAAUCAAAACUGAAGAUGAAAAAGAAGGAAAAGGAGAAAAUUGUGGAGGAAACAACAUGCUUGGAGAGCUUCGCUGUAGCAAAAUGCUCAUUUGAUCCACAGCAGGACUUCAGAGAUUCAAUGCUUGAGAUGAUCACCGAGAAAAGGAUCAGCCGGCCAGAAGAGCUUGAAGAACUCUUGGCUUGUUAUCUAACCUUGAAUUCUGACGAAUACCAUGACCUCAUCAUCAAGGUAUUCCGGCAGGUGUGGUUCGACUUGAACAAGGCCUGUUUUAGUAGUGAGUUACAUAGUGAAGAUUGUUGCUAUAAUUAACUAUUGCUUAGCUAAUGAUAGAAAGACACUUAUCAUUUUGUAAAUAGUUAACACUGUUAAUGUUUUAACAUUAUGUUUC